AUGGCGACUCUCGAAGGAAAGAUUAUCGCCAUCACCGGGGCAGCAGGGGGCAUCGGCUCAGCGACGGCGGCCCAUCUUGCGUCUAAAGGCGCCAGCCUAUCUUUAGCCGAUAUGGAUACAGAAGCUCUUAACCAAAUCGCAGAUGAGCUUCGAAUCAAGUUUAAAAUCGAUGUGAUUGCAACAAAGGUCGACGUCUCAAGUUCCGAUCAAGUGAACAGCUGGAUCGCAUCCACUAUCAAGCACUUUUCCAGACUAUCUGGGGCAGUGAAUCUAGCGGGCACAGUCGGACGUGAAUUUGGACUCAAACCUGCACACGAUGUCUCCGACGAUGACUUCGAUGCAGUUAUGGCGAUUAAUGUAAAGGGGCUGAUGGCUUGUCAACGUGCUCAACUACGACACAUCGAGGACGGCGGGUCAAUCGUAAACGCUGCAAGUGUUUCGGGAAAGAUGGGAAUACCCAAGGCUUUGUCUUAUGCCGCCAGUAAGCAUGCUGUCAUUGGAAUGACCAGGGUCGCCGCGGCUGAAAACGGCCAUCGCGGAGUGAGAGUCAACGCCAUUGCGCCUGGAGCUAUUGAUACAAAAAUGCUCGACAUAGCUAAGGAAGCAGGUGGUGCUGUCAGUGGCAGUGGAAUGUCUCCAAUUGAUCGAAUGGGAAAGCCUGAGGAAGUCGCCAAGUUGAUUGCAUUCUUGCUCAGCGAUGAUGCAUCCUUUACGACAGGGGCAGUCUAUACGAUUGAUGGAGGAAUGACGCCCUAA